CGCCGGGCGGGCCCGGCGCGGGCGCGGCGGGAAGAUGACCGCGGGCUCCGGCGUGCUGCUGGUGCUGCUCUCGCUCUCCGGUGCGCUCCGGGCCCACAAUGAGGAUCUUACAGCCAGAGAGACCUGCAAGGCUGGGUUCUCGGAAGAAGAUUACACGGCCUUAAUCUCCCAGAAUAUCCUGGAAGGGGAGAAGCUACUCAAAGUCGAGUUCAGCAGCUGUCUGGGGACCAAGGGCACACAGUACGAGACCAACAGCGUGGACUUCAAAGUCGGGGCGGACGGGACGGUCUUCGCUGCCCGGGAGCUGCGGGUCCCCUCCGAGCAGGUGGCGUUCACGGUGACCGCAUGGGACCGCCAGACGGCAGAGAGAUGGGACGCUGUGGUGCGGCUGCUGGUGGCCCGGACCUCGUCCCCGCACCCCGGACACAAGAAAGCACGGAAGGACGCGGACCCGGAGCCGUCCCCGCCAACGAGGGACACGCUGCUGCCGUGGCCCCAGCGCCAGAACCCCGGCGGGCUGAGGCGACAGAAGCGGGACUGGGUCAUCCCGCCCAUCAACGUGCCGGAGAACUCCCGAGGGCCCUUCCCGCAGCAGCUCGUGAGGAUCCGGUCCGACAAAGACAACGACAUCCCCAUCCGGUACAGCAUCACGGGCGUGGGCGCCGACCAGCCGCCCAUGGAGGUCUUCAGCAUCGACUCCAUGUCCGGCCGGAUGUACGUCACGCGGCCCAUGGACCGCGAGGAGCGGGCCUCUUACCACCUGCGUGCCCACGCGGUGGACAUGAACGGGAACAAGGUGGAGAACCCCAUCGACCUGUACAUCUACGUCAUCGACAUGAACGACAACCGGCCCGAGUUCCUCAACCAGGUCUACAACGGCUCCGUGGACGAGGGCUCCAAGCCAGGCACCUACGUGAUGACGGUCACCGCCAACGACGCUGACGACAGCACCACGGCCAACGGGAUGGUGCGGUACCGCAUCGUGACCCAGACGCCCCAGAGCCCGUCCCAGAACAUGUUCACCAUCAACAGCGAGACUGGCGACAUCGUCACGGUGGCGGCUGGCCUGGACCGGGAGAAAGUGCAGCAGUACACCGUCAUCGUCCAGGCCACGGACAUGGAGGGGAACCUGAACUACGGCCUCUCCAACACCGCCACGGCCAUCAUCUCCGUGACGGACGUGAACGACAACCCGCCGGAGUUCACCGCGAGCACGUUUGCAGGGGAGGUCCCCGAAAACCGGGUGGAGACGGUGGUGGCAAACCUCACCGUGCUAGACCGAGACCAGCCCCACUCGCCAAACUGGAACGCUGUCUACCGCAUCAUCAGCGGGGACCCCUCGGGGCACUUCAGCGUCCGCACGGACCCAGCCACCAACGAGGGCAUGGUCACCGUGGUGAAGGCAGUGGACUACGAGCUGAACAGAGCCUUCAUGCUGACGGUGAUGGUGUCCAACCAGGCGCCCCUGGCCAGCGGGAUCCAGAUGUCCUUCCAGUCCACGGCGGGCGUGACCAUCUCAGUCAUGGACCUCAACGAGGCCCCCUACUUCCCCUCCAACCACAAGCUGAUCCGCCUGGAGGAGGGCGUGCCCACGGGCACCGUGCUGACCACGUUUUCAGCCGUGGACCCCGACCGGUUCAUGCAACAGGCCGUGAGGUACUCGAAGCUGUCGGACCCGGCGAACUGGCUGCACAUCAACGCCACCAACGGGCAGGUCACCACGGCGGCCGUGCUCGACCGCGAGUCCCUCUACAUCAAGAACAACGUCUACGAGGCCACCUUCCUGGCGGCUGACAACGGGGUCCCCCCGGCCAGCGGCACGGGGACGCUGCAGAUCUACCUUAUCGACAUCAACGACAACGCCCCCGAGCUGCUGCCCAAGGAGGCGCAGGUCUGCGAGCGCCCCAGCCUGAACGCCAUCAACAUCACCGCGGCCGACGCCGACGUGGACCCCAACAUCGGCCCCUACGUCUUCGAGCUGCCCUUCGUCCCGGCCGCCGUGCGCAAGAACUGGACCAUCACCCGCCUGAACGGUGACUACGCCCAGCUCAGCCUGCGCAUCCUCUACCUGGAGGCCGGCAUGUACGACGUCCCCGUCAUCGUCACGGACUCGGGGAACCCGCCCCUGACCAACACGUCCAUCAUCAAGGUCAAGGUGUGCCCGUGCGACGACAACGGCGACUGCACCACCGUGGGCGCCGUGGCGGCAGCUGGCCUGGGCACUGGCGCCAUCGUGGCCAUCCUCAUCUGCAUCCUCAUCCUGCUCACCAUGGUCCUGCUGUUCGUCGUGUGGAUGAAGCGGCGGGAGAAGGAGCGCCACACCAAGCAGCUGCUUAUCGACCCCGAGGACGACGUGCGCGACAACAUCCUCAAGUACGACGAGGAAGGCGGCGGCGAGGAGGACCAGGACUACGACCUCAGCCAGCUGCAGCAGCCGGAGGCCAUGGAGCACGUGCUGAGCAAGGCGCCCGGCGUGCGGCGGGUGGACGAGCGGCCAGUGGGCGCCGAGCCCCAGUACCCAGCCCGGCCUGUGGUGCCCCACCCGGGUGACAUCGGCGACUUCAUCAAUGAGGGGCUGCGGGCGGCGGACAACGACCCCACGGCGCCGCCCUACGACUCGCUGCUGGUCUUCGACUACGAAGGCAGCGGCUCCACCGCGGGCUCCGUCAGCUCCCUGGACUCGUCCAGCUCCGGGGACCAGGACUACGAUUACCUCAACGACUGGGGGCCCCGCUUCAAGAAGCUGGCGGACAUGUACGGAGGCGGCGACGAGGAUUAGCCCGCCCG